AUGUUUGCUGCCGCCACUAAAAACUUUGUGAAGCAGGUCGGAGACACGGGGAGGCUGAUCCCGGUGCCGAGCCUGAGCGAGGCCGACCGCUACCAGCCGCUCAGCCUGGUCAUCAGGAAGAGAAAGAGGCAUUUCUGGAAGAAGAACAAGUACGCCUCGACCCCGUUCUCACUCAAAGACAUCCUGGUGGGGGAGAAGGAGAUCACAGCAGGAGUGUCUUCCUAUCAGCUGCUCAACUACGAGGACAAAUCCGACGUGGCGCUCAACGGUCGAUUAGGGAACCACAUCAUCAACGACGUCGGGUUCAACAUCAGCGGCUCCGACUCGGUGGCCGUCAAAGCCUCCUUCGGCAUCGUGACCAAACACGAGCUGGAGGUUCCCACUUUGCUGCGAGAGCUCAACUCCAGGAAGGUGGACCUGGAUCACUGCCUCAUUCGUCAGUCGAAGGACAGCCGUCGCAGCGUCCUCUGCGUGGUGGUGGAGAGCAUUCGCACCACCCGCCAGUGCUCCCUGACCGUCCACGCCGGCGUGAGAGGCACGACCAUGAGGUUUCAGAUCGACGACGGCAGAAACCCCAAAGGUCGAGACAAGGCCAUCGUCAUCCCGGCUCACACCACCAUCGCCUUCAGCAUCUGCGAGCUGUUUGUUCGGCUGGACGGGCGACUCGAUAUUUGCGUAGCUCCGGAGUCUCAGGGCGGAUUCGAGCGCGAGCAGAUCAGCGAGCAGCUCGGCGGUUUCAUCGGUCGAUUCUCGAUGGGGCGACUGCGCCGCUUCCUGUCUGGGAUCAUCUAUGGAAACCCCUUCAGAGCAGACGACCGGACCUUCGAGGAGCUCACCCACUCCGACACCUACAUGGACGACAUGGUGACCGACUACUACGAGAAGGCUGCCAGCAUGACGGACGUGUCCACCGCCUACCUGAGGGAAAGCUCCCACACUCGGGUCAACCUCCUCAAACACAACAUCGCCAAAGGCCCCUGCGCCCUCUGCGGGAUGGGAAACCAGCGGCGGGAAACCGUCUACGGCUGCCUCGAGUGCUCCACCGGCGGCCAGAAAUACGUCCGGCUGCACGUGGUGCCGUGCUUCGACCUCUGGCACAAAACCCUGAGGUGA